AUGGUAGACAUUUUAUUGAACGUUAUGGCUCAAGUACUCAACCGAAUCAAGCUAGAAGCUGCACAAAGGCGCAUUCGCCCUAAAGAAUUCUUUACAGAUUUUGAUCCACUUCGCAAAGGAGAAGUCAGUGAAGCUCAAUUCCGUCGUGCUUUAAGUAUGAUGAACUUCCCACUAACAUCAGCAGAUAUGAGCGCACUUGGUUCAUUAUUCAAGGUCGAUGGCGGCCAAAUCAACUAUAGGCAAUUCCUUUCAGAAAUGGAAUCAGCAUAUCUUGAUGAAUCUGAGCCAUUUUUUUAAUUUUUAACUCCCCCCCCCCUCCGUGAGCGAACAAAAAAAUUUUGUUCGCUCACGGAGGGGGGUUAAUUUUUUUUUUUAAAAAAAAAAUUUAUAUAUAAAAAUUUUAUAAAAAAUAUUUUUUUUCGAAAUUUAAAAAAAAUCCUAAUUUGCAAAAUUGGGAAAGCAAAUAUUAAUUUAAUUUGCAAAAUUUAUGUUUUAAAACGCAAUUUGUUUAAAAUUAAACAGAAUUAGCUCUAGAUUUCAUUAUACUAAUUAUCACUUAUAUAUCAAAAUUUUUUUCCAUUAUAAUUUUUUCUAUUAAAAAAUUUUUUUGUUCACUCACGGAGGGUGGGUUUUUUGGUCAAAAAAUGGCGAUUUUUCUAAUGGUUUUGUUCGCUCACGGAGGGGGGGGGGAGUAAGCAUUUUUCUGCAUUUUUAUAAAAUAUUUUUUUAAAAAUUAUUCCUGAGCCAUCUCCAGUCAAAGCAGUCCAAAAACAAGUCGGAUCCCCCAAACUCAGCGUUGCAGAAUUAGAAAGAGUUAAAAACGCCCUUCAACAAUUCCAACAAAUUAUGAAGGUCCAAAGAAUAUUAGUCAAACCAGUCUUCCAAGAUUUCGACAAAGCCAAUACAGGCCAUGUAACUGUUUCUCAAUUUAAACGUGUUUUGACUACAACUGGGCUUCUGCCUGAGGAAUCUGACAUAAUUCAGCUUAUCAUCAACCUUUACAAGGACUCUCACCUGGGCGUCAAUUACCAAGCUUUCUGCCGAGCUGUAGACGACGUUGACACCAUAGGUGGCAUUAUUUCAGGGCCUACAGAAACCACAUAUGACCCUAUGCCAAAGCCUCAAACAGUCCAAGACCUCACCGCGACCAGAUUUUUUGACUCCGAAGUCCCUAAACAAGCAGACCAUCUAGAAGUCGAAGAAAGGCUCAGAGCUGAGGUCGCCAUGAAAAGAAUCAGAGCCAGCGAGUUCUUCAGAGACUACGACAGGCUUAGAAAAGGAACCGUCAAAGAAGGCCAAUUUACCUCAGCUUUAGGAAUGCUUGGCUUAAGGCUUACUGAAGCUGACAUACAAGCAAUGAUAGACAAAUAUAGAGACGAAAGAGGAGAUAUCAGAUAUGCCGAGUUCUGCAGAUAUGUAGAAAGCGCUCCAGAUCCGCUUGAUAAACUGCCAGAAGUGAGGCCGCCUGCAUUUAUUUCCACUCAGCCUGCCAGGAGAAAAUAUUUAGAUUUUACGGAAGGCGAAAGAGUUUUAUUGGAAAAUGCCUUGAUGAAUUUCCAGGUUAUUAUUAGAAAUAGAAGGGUCCAUUUGCGCCCGAUGUUCCAAGAUUUUGAUAUUACCAAGUCUGGGCAUGUUUCGAGAACUCAGUUCUGCAGGGUUCUGAACCAGCUUGCAUUAGCUCCCACUGAGGAGGAUCUUCGGGUAAUUCUUAAGAGAUAUCUUGACAAAGGCAACAUGGAAGAGGUGAACUAUAUGGAUUUCUGCAAAGAUGUGGAUAAGCCGGAAGAAAUAUUUACCCCUGAUGAACAAGCUGGGCCAGAUAUUGAAAAAGUUUUAGAAAUGAGAAGAACGCUUUUUAAGAAUUUGCAAUAUACCACACGUCCUGUUAUAGGGGAUGACUAA